UUGUUUUGUUUCUACAUGUUCAAUAAAAGGACUAAUACAGAUAAAUAUCUUCUCUUGUUCCUCUUGCAGCACGGGGUGGAGAAGCACCUCCUGAGGGACUCGUUCAGAGACCAGGGUCUGAUCCCAGAUGAGAUCCUGUGGAGGCGUAAGGAGGCCUUCAGUGACGGCGUGAUGUCCGUGAAGAAGUCGUGGUACGUCUGUCUGCAGGAGCACCUGGAGGACAUGGUGAACGACGAUCAGAUGGAGAAAGCCCCCCAGACGUUUCCUCACAACCCCCCCCGCUCCAAAGAGGCCUAUUAUUUCCGUCAGGUGUUCGAGCAGCGAUUCCCGGGUCGAUCCCAGUGGCUCCCUCACUACUGGCUCCCCCGCUGGACGCAGAGCAGCGACCCCUCGGCACGCACCCUCGCCUUCUACACCCCCGAUAAGGAGGAGCAGUGAGAGGACCCUACUUCUGACUCAGUGUGUCCGAACAUCAGACCAACAGACACACAAGAAACUAAAUCUCACUCACCACGACUCAGAAAUCAAUAUAGACCUAUAGAUAUAUCGAUAACCGCCAAAUCGCCUGGUGUCGUACAUUUUCCCUCCUUUGUUUUGAAUCUGCAGGAUGUGUCUCCGUCUUGAGAGCAGCUUCAUAUUCUCAUUCUGCAGAUCAGAGUUCUGGGUUACAAGCUGAAAAUCAAAAGUAGACUUGAAGCUAACUACAAUGUGGAAACUAGAUGAUCUGAUAUUUUCUCACGUGUUCAUUUGGGUUUCAGGUUUUAUAUUCACGGCUGCUCUAUCUAUGUUUUGUGAUUUCUGUAAGGACCUCUUUGUGUUCACGUGUGGGUAUUGCCAUUGACACUGGCUUCAGGAAGUGGACGAAGUGAAACCUGGAAAUAAAAGGACAUUUAAUCACCA